AGGAGCAAGUGUUUCAUUACAGACUGUGCACCAAGAUCAACAUAAGCCCCCAAAAGUGAAACUUUCCCUCAGCAGCUAUGGAAACUGUUCCGCUGGACUGAGAUGCACUUCACAGGCUCCUCCCUGUCUCCUUGCUUUGACUUUCCCACCUCCUGCAGGCUGUCAUCCUCUGUUGGCAUUUGCAUAUUGCAAGGGAAUAAAACCUCAGUUCUCUCAGGAGUGAACCAGAGUGUUAUGGGAAGUGAGCACUCGAAGAACGAGGAGCGAAGGAACAUGGUUUUCCUCAGGAAAGGCCCGAAGAUGCCUGCAUGGGAAGACGCCCUUCUGGCAGGGAGAGAGCCCAAGUCACUGCUGAAGCGGGGAUUGCGUUAUGUCAGCUUGAGCCUCAUCAUGAAAGGGAUGACCACCACGCCUGACUUCUUGUGGGGACUGCAUGAGGUGCAGAAGCUGAACCUCUCACACAACCAGCUGGUGGUGAUUCCUCCUUCCCUGGGGAAGCUGGACAGGCUGGUAGUGCUGAACUUGGGUGGCAACUGCCUCAAGUGCCUGCCUAAGGAGAUCGGGCUGCUGAGGAACCUGAAGGUCUUGUUUGUCAAUAUGAAUUGCCUGAAAGAAGUGCCAGCAGAGCUCAGCUUGUGCAGGAAGCUGGAGGUUCUGAGCCUCUCACACAACUGCAUCUCACAAUUGCCUUUGAGCUUCACCGACCUGACAAAUUUGAGGAAACUGAACCUCAGUAACAACCGCUUUGUGCAAAUUCCCCUCUGCAUUUUCGCCCUGAGAAGCUUGGACUUCUUGCACCUCGGGUCCAACAAGCUGGAAAACAUCGCAGAGAGCAUCCAGUAUCUGGUCAACCUGCAGAUCUUUAUCGUGGAAAACAACAACAUACGCAGCCUGCCGCGUUCCCUGUGCUACAUCAGCACCCUGGAGCUGCUGAACGCCGACUACAACGCCAUCCAGACGCUGCCGGAUGACCUGUACCUGCUGCGCCGGCUGCGCCGCAUCGCCUGGAACCCCAUGGACAAAGGGCUCCACAUCGCCCACAACCCCCUGGCCCGGCCCCUGCCCGAGGUCGUCGAGGGAGGCCUGGAUGUCCUCUUCAACUACCUUAGGGACAAAAAGGAGCACAACUGAGCUUCCGCCCAGCUCGGGAUUAAGCCUGUCAUCGAGACGCAAUCGCAUCGGAGAGCUUUCCUGCACAGGCAUUUCCACUUCAUAAUGCUUGGAUUUUGAAGGCUGUGGAUGGCUUUAGUAACAGUUGGAGGAAAGCAAGUAAAGUAUGAUGGUCUUGAUUAAGUGUGGGAAGAGCAAACUUUCUAAAAAUAGCCACCUCUGUAACCUUCGCUGUUGCGGUACUUGGGGGUUUUUAUAGAAAAAAAAAUACAACAUGGUUGUGAUAAAAUAUUUGCUCUUCAUUUGACAGAAACAAAUUAAAGCAGACUGCAAAUAUGCAGAAAUGUGUAUUUGACAGCUAUUAGGCUGAAGAAAUAUUAACAUAAGUCAGACUUUCUCUCUGUGAUUGCAAUUGCAUUUGUACUCCUGGCUCACUUCUUCAUACACAGGUAAACCACAACGUAAACAAACACUGCUGUCCAAGUGAAUCUCAAGAAAAAUGUUUGCUGUUGGCAGUGAAUAUAUCCUGAGCUAUAUUAGCUCACAGACAAUAUAUUGCUGGUCAGUUCAAUACCACUUGUUGUUUACCCCACAGCUGUUCUCUGGCCUGUAUAAAUUCCAGGUAGAGAUUGCCAGUGAUGAGGCAAUUUGCCAGCUCUUUGGAAGGAGAUCCCAAACUUCCCCAAAGCUCCUACUUCCCCCGGUAAGACAAGCAGCCCUUCACAUGGAGCCUCCUAGGAUGCUGAUAGCAGUGCUUCUCAUCAGCUGGGAGCAGCAUCUGCACAAAGCCCAGAAAGGACUGUGGCUUCUUCCCUCACACAAAGGAUGGAGUUGCUCAUUGCUAAAUGUACAACUGCUCUCCUUUCCUGUAUCCCUGCAAUCCAAGCUAUGGAGCAACUUUACUCAGGAGGCAGAACAUCUCCUCAAGGUGAAAUAUUUCUUUCAGGAGAAGCAGCAUCAACCCAGUCAUCACCUUAAGUAAGAGCUUCAGAAACAAAUAGUUUUUGUUUGAAACAAUAUUUCUGGGAUUUUCAGUAUCAGCCGGUAGCAUAGAAGUCAGGUCUUAUGUGGUUUCUCAUAUUGAUCUUCUGUGAAUGUCCUUCAUCAAAGUUUUAUCUGGUAAUAAAGAGGCAGUAUGAAAGAGCUGUUAACAAUUUAUGCAA